GACCGUGGGAUAGAGUUGAUGGAAGUGUAUUGCCUUAUCCAAAUAUUCCUAAACAUAAACCACUUGGGGGAAAUUUUUAUCCUGAAGAUAUGACCAAAGAUGAAUUUAAUCUUUGGCUUAAAAAGUUAUCAUCAAAAGAACAAAAAGAUGCUAAUGGAUUUUAUCAUGUCAUUAAAAGAAAUGAAGAUACUGGGGAAUUGUUUUUAAAUCCCUAUUCAAAUGAAUAUAAAGAUUUAUUAGGAGAUGCAUCUAACCUCCUGAAAGAAAGCUCUAGAUUAGUUGAAGAUGAUUCAUUAAGUAAAUUUUUGAAAAGUAGAGCUGAUGCUUUUUCAAGCAACAAUUAUUUUGAAAGUGAAGUUGAUUGGCUUAACAUUAGUAAAAAAAGUAAAAUUGAAGUUACCGUCGGACCCUAUGAAGUGUAUAUUUCCGCUAAAAACGUUGAAAAUCACUUACCUGUUCCUGAUGAAUAUAAGAAUAAAAAAUUAAAGGCCACACCGAUCGUCGUAGUAAAUCAAUUAUACGCUUCCGGAGACGUUGCAGUUCCAAUGACUGCUGCUUAUAAUCUUCCAAAUGAU